AUGGCGGCCUUCCUCCGAAAUCCAAGAAUCCAAUUCGGUGUUCUUCGUGGUACACAGCCAACUCCCUCCCGUCUAUGUCCCCCCCGUUACCUCGUCUCCGUGCAUCAGCAGUCGUUCUUUGGACGUCCGGAUCGAAACCAGGGCGGCGAUCACCAUUUGGAUACCUGUCUGUGGUCUUCCUUGGACCCAAGAAUGCUCACGCGCUCCGUUAUCACAUGAUGCAGGUAAUCUGUUGUCAUCUUGGAGUGCCCAGACGCGGAGUAGGGCCCUGUUGAACCCAUUGCCGAGCCCUGAGGCUGGAGGAUGGAGGGGAAGUGGCGGCCAUCCCUAUUCUUCCUGGGCGGGAGGGACGAGGGCAUGGAACUACCAGUCACACCAGCGGUCGGAGCUGGCAAAGCUGGGAGAUUGGGCUUGCUUCGGUUUGACAGCUUUGGCCGGAGGUGAGCCAGAAUUCAGCAAAUUCUCUACUAUGUUCAUGAUUUUGAUGACCGUGGAUAAUGACGAAGAACAGUGUUCAUAGAAGUGCUUGGAACACUGUGGAUUUAUGAUCUCAAUGAACUAAGUUGGCAGGAGCUCUUAACAAAAUCUAAUGGCCUUCUUCCACAGGCCUUUUCUGGACAUCUUCAAGCACAUCAACAGAAGAAAUGGUGAGAUCUUCUCGUUUUAUCCCUCAUUAGCUUCCAUUUAAAUCAUAUUCUGUGUUCUAAGCUCUUUUCAUUGGGAUUGCAGUCGAUCCUAGAAAGACUGGGGCAGCUACUUCUUCUGUACGGAGCAUUGAGGUACUCUCUCCAGGUGAGGCCUCGGAACAAAUUCCUCCCCUCCCAACUCUCUCUUUCUCUCUCUCUCUCUCUAGCUUUCUGUAAGCUCUAUGUUUUGGUUUUCUCAUGUUUUUCUCUGUGCAUUGAGGGGAAUCAGAGGAAACUACUGAGGAUAAGACUGAAAUGGCUUCGUCUUAAGCUGGUAAGACCUUCUGGUGGUACCCUUUUCCAUCGAUCUUUCAAUGCUACAAGUAGUAAACCUGAUCAAGAGAGACGAUCAGGUGGUGAGGGAGGUGAAGCUCCGAGAGUUUGAGCGAGAGAAGGAGGCCUGCCUGGUCGUGCUUGAAGACAUACUGGAGGGUCUGGAGGACGACCUUCUGGACGAGAUUGGGAGUCUCGCUGAGCAGGUUCCCAACCAGAGUGACGACCCUUUUCUGGACUCUGCCCUCUCCUUGCUCUGGAGAAUCGAUAAGCUUCGGGAGGCCAUCGACAGCUUCCCUUUUAUGGAAGCUGAUCCCAAGAAAACCGAAUGGCUCGAGGAACAGCUGACCAGACUAGAGCUCCUGGUAAGAGCACUCCUCCCUGAUCUUCCUCCCCUUCGAGCAUUUGGGCGACAGGAGCAUCCGCCAUUGAUGGAACCCGUGCAGGUGAAGCGAUUAGUGGGAUUCCACACCGUGAAUGAAGCUCGCAUCACGCACAACAAGGAACUGAGGGCUAAAGUCGACGACCUGUUACUGAAUCUGGAAAAGGAGAGAUGA